AUGUUAGGGUUUCGAUAACUAUCAUCCAAAUACACCAACUCUUUCAAAAAGCUUGUAGUAAAUAGCUUCAAUCUCUUCGGCAUAUAACCUAGACUAACAAUCACAAAGGCCAAAUCAGUAAACACAAUUUUCGGAUCAACAUUUACAAUUAUAUUGUUAGUCCUAAUAAUUACUUUAUUUCUUCAUGAUCUCAGUGAAUUCAUCUUAAGAGAGAAACCAACCGUUAUUCAAUCUGACAGCGAGCUUGAUAUAAAUAAACCAAUUAAGGAGUACCCUAUUGAUUAGUCUAACUUCACAUUAGCCUUGGCCAUUUACAAUAAAGAUUUCAUGCCUAUUGAGUAAAUGGAAAGAUAUUUUACACUAUCAAUUCAAUUUUGCAAAAAAACCAAAAAUAAUCCCCAAAAUCGAAAUCUAACCUUUAAAAAGUAAAAUCCUAAUAUAGAUUAGAUGAUUAGUUGUACAUAAUUAGAAACAGUCCCUUGCCAAUAAAAUAACUUCUAGGAUUAGGACAUUAAAAAGUACUUUGGAGGAGCUAAUUUAAGUCAUUAUAUGUGUAUAAAGAAUAAUUAGUUUGAAAUUCUUAAACCAGUAAUAUUUGAAGAUUAUAUUUAGAGUUUGUAAGGAGUAAUUUCAUCUGACACUUACCAGUAUUUGACUAUCAAACUAUCAAUUUGUAGAAAUAAUACUGACAGAUAAGAUUGCUUCCCAGAAGAGAAUAAUAAAAAUUAACUUUUCCAAACUUAUUACACUUACUAUCUUACUGAUAAUCUUAUACAAUUAGACAAUUCCUAAAAUUUAACUUAAUAAAUAUUGAGAACCCAAAACUUCUAAAUAUUAAAGAACUAUUAAAGAUAAAUUAAGUAAUAAUAUAAAGUAGUCGAAAGUGAAGUGGAUAAAACAUUUAUUUAUGCUUAAAAAGAAUAUAGUGGUUGUUUAUAAUUAUAAGACCAAAAGGAAGUACUCAUAUUUGAUCCUUCUGACACUCUCAUAAAUUAGGAAAUUGAUUUGAGUUAUAAGUAAACCAAAUUCAUUAUAACUCACACCAAAAUCUCAGCACUUUUAGGUAAACUAGGAGGAUAUAUCUUUAUUAUUUAUAUCUUCUUUGACAUUUUAUUGAUACCUAUAAAUAGGUUUUUUUAUUUGAUACAAUUCACAAAUAAAAUCUUUCGUUUCAAAGUACUCUAAAAUGACUUUGUUAUUUGUUAAUAAGAAAAUGAACAAGUUAUACAGAAAUCUGCUUAUUUUUAAAAUAUCGAAAGUCCGAAUUCUUAUUGUUGGGCAAAUGUUAACGAAAGUUUACUGCUUUAAAAUACUAGAAUCUAUACCUACUUAUAAAACUUAAAAGCAAGUAUUAAUCUAACUUGGGCAUAAACAAUUUCGAUUUUGUUAGGAUGCAGCAGAGACAAAAAGAAGUAAUUGAAAGAAGCAGAAAUUAGAUUGAACAAAAAAACAAACGUAGCCUAUUUAGUUAAGAAACUUAUUGAAAUUGAAAAAUUAAAAUAUGUACUACUUAAUGAUGAUCAAUUAAACAUAUUUAAUAGCAUUGAAAAACCAAUGCUGUUUGUUGAUGAAAAGACAAAAAAAAAUAAAUAAAAACAAUAUUUUGAUGAAGAUUCAAAAAUCACUAAAAUCUAAAAAGGCUUUAAGUCUUAUGUUAGUUUAUAAGUAAAACCCUAAAAAGGAGCCACUGACUUAAAGUUAUUAUCUUUACUUGAUAGUGAUAUGAUUAAUCUUUAUGAACAAUUAUAUCGAGAAUUAACAUUUAAAUCAUUCUUCUAAAACAUAGCUUUAAAAGAAUCGAAAACAUUCAAAUCGAAAAAGGAUUCAAAAGAAGCAUCCCCAGAUUAACACAUGCAUAAACACAUAAAAUUAUAGACCAAUGCUGAUUAGUGA